AUGCUGUACGGUCUCAUCCACCAACGCUACAUCACCUCGCGCCAGGGUAUCCAGCAGAUGGCCGAGAAGUACGAGGCCGGUCACUUUGGUGCCUGUCCCCGCGUCUACUGUGGUCAAGCAAAGGUCCUACCUGUCGGCUGCAGCGACAUUCCCGGUCAAGAGACAGUCAAGCUGUUCUGUCCCAGCUGUCUUGAUGUCUACACACCGCCCAACAGCCGCUUCCAGUCCGUCGAUGGCGCCUUCUUCGGUACAACCUUUGGCUGCCUCUUCUUCAUGACUUUCCCUGAACUGCGCGUCGGCGGCGCAUCCAUCUCCUAUGGCCCUACCCCCGAGCAAAUCUCCGACUUCGCGCCUACCACCACGCAUCGCAAACGCCGCAGCAGCCUCACGAACGUCUCCGAUACCUUCAACUCUGCCCCACCGAUCGCCGCACAACCCUCUCCUCUGCCCACACAACCCGCUACCAUCAAUGGCUUUGCCGCAGAAAACAUGGCUCCCGGCCUGGGCAAGUCCAACAUCUACGAACCACGCAUCUACGGUUUCCGCGUCAGCGAGUUUGCAAAGAGCGGUCCCAGGAUGAAGUGGCUGCGCGAGAAGCCCGUUGAUCUGAACGAGCUGGACGAGGUCGCCAUUUGGCAACGGGGAACCCCAGUCAAACGAGGGAAGACGAUGAACUGA